UCAUGAUUCUUAUACCAGUCAGUAAUCAAAGAGUCAGUAAUCAAAGGAAAACGAUUCCACUAGUGCGAUGGAAACUUGUUAUCCAAACCCCAUUGCUCCAACCAAAACCCGCAUCGGUUGGAUUGGCAUCGGCGUAAUGGGCGGUGCCAUGGCCUCUCGCCUCCUCAACGCUGGCUACUCCGUCACCAUCUACGCUCGCAACCCAUCAAAAUGUCUUCCUUUACAAUCCCAAGGUGCCCAUGUUGCCAAUUCCCCAGCACAAGUUGCACACUCCAGCGAUGUCGUUUUCACCAUGUUGAGUCACCCACCAGAUGUUCGAUCCGUGGUCUUAGAGAACACCGACAGUGUUCUUUCUGGGUUAGCUCCUGAUCGUGUCACUGUGGACAUGACCAGCAGCCACCCUGGUCUUGCCAGGGAGAUAUUCACAGCAGCACGCGCCAGAGGUUGUUGGUCUGUGGAUGCCCCUGUUUCCGGUGGCGAUCACGGUGCUAGAGAUGGAAAAUUGGCAAUAUUUGCAGCUGGGGAGUGUGCAGUGGUGAAAUGGUUACAGUCCUUGUUUGAGAUUCUGGGGAAGGUUACCUACAUGGGUCAAGCUGGUUGUGGGCAGAGCUGCAAAAUUGCGAAUCAGAUCACCGUCGCUUCGAAUUUGGUUGGUUUGAGUGAAGGUUUGGUGUUUGCAGACAAGGCUGGGCUUGAUUUGAAGCAGUUUAUGGGAGCAAUCAGAGGUGGGGCUGCAGGGUCUAAAGCUCUGGAUUUGUUUGGGGAGAGGAUGAUUGAGAAGAAUUGGGGAGGUGCGGAUGUUGGGUAUAUGGUGAAGGAUUUGGGGAUGGGAGUGGAUGUUGUGGAGAAAGGCGAGGAUGAUAAGGUUGUGGUGCUGCCUGGGGCAUCAAUGAACAAGCAACUGUUUUCUAGCAUGGUAGCUAUUGGAAAUGGAAUGCAUGGCCCUCAGGGUUUAAUCACUGUGAUAGAGACAAUCAAUGGAAAAUGACCUGUGUACUUGAUUGGGAAACCCAGAAAUUACUUACGCAAGCUUCUUCCGAGAAUUGAUUAUGACUUCAAAAUCAAUUGUACAAGGGUUUCCAUCCACGUGCACAUUUCUGCUCAUACAUUUAAGGACUUCAGUAUUGGAUUGUCAUUCAGUUUUUGUGAAAAUUAUGUUGCAGAUUUGCCAUAAAUUGGAUAUCAAUAUAUUCAAGUCUAUUGUGUUGUAAAAUUUAAUUUUCGGUUUUCCUGGCCUGGAACCUUCUGGCUUCUGUUAUGUCCCAAGUCUUUCAUUUUCAUUUAGAUGUACAAGUAAAGAUCAUGAACAUCACAACUUGAAGUGGAGCCUUGUGUUGUAGCAUUUUUCUUGAUGAGGAAAGAACUAAUGUAGUAUUUGAACUGAAAAAAAACUAUAGUAUAUGAUCUGCUAUAUGGGUAAAAGACCAGAAA